AACCGUCACUAAACCUCAGUAGAAGUAGAAAAACCGAGGAAGAAGAAUCGCGUUGUGCGCCUGCGUGGUGAAAGUCAAACUGAAAGUACAUUUCAGCUCGUGAAAUAUAAGUUUCGUUUGCUUAAGGAUAAUUCCAGUGACAUUAAAGAAAUGUCUCGCAGAUAUGACUCCCGGACAACCAUAUUUUCUCCUGAAGGGCGCUUGUAUCAGGUGGAGUAUGCCAUGGAAGCCAUUGGUCACGCUGGAACAUGUCUAGGGAUUCUAGCAAAUGAUGGUGUGCUGUUGGCGGCAGAGAGAAGAAACAUCCAUAAGCUGCUGGAUGAAGUCUUCUUCUCUGAGAAGAUCUACAAGCUUAAUGAAGACAUGGCUUGCAGUGUUGCUGGGAUCACAUCAGAUGCCAACGUACUGACAAAUGAGCUGCGGCUAAUUGCACAGAGAUAUUUAUUGCAGUACCAGGAGCCAAUCCCCUGUGAGCAGUUGGUGACAGCCCUGUGUGACAUCAAGCAAGCCUACACGCAGUUUGGAGGAAAAAGACCGUUUGGUGUUUCUCUGCUGUACAUGGGCUGGGACAAACACUAUGGCUUCCAAUUGUACCAAAGUGACCCCAGCGGCAACUAUGGAGGCUGGAAGGCAACCUGCAUUGGCAACAACAGCGCUGCUGCAGUGUCCAUGUUGAAGCAGGACUACAAAGAGGGAGACAUGACUCUGUCCUCCGCUCUGGCCUUGGCUGUCAAAGUUCUCAACAAAACAAUGGAUGUCAGCAAGCUGUCAGCAGAGAAAGUGGAGAUCGCCACUCUGACGCGAGAGAACGGCAAAACAAGGAUCAAGGUGCUGAAACUGAAAGAAGUGGAGGAGCUCAUCAAGCGACAUGAGGCUGAGGAGGCCAAGGCUGAAAAAGACAAAAAGGAGAAAGAGCAGAAAGAGAAGGAGAAGUGAACAAAC